GUUUGCCAUACUGUUAGUUUGUACUGUUUGUUUCCGUUGUUGACAAGAUGGGUAGGCGUAACUCUGAGAACAAUGACCGUCGUACUGAACAAUUCCGCAAGCUGUUCAUUGGAGGCCUAACUCCUCUUACUACAGAAGCCAAACUGAAGGACUUUUACUCGCAGUGGGGCGAAAUUGUAGAUGUUGUGGUGAUGAAAGAUGGUCGUACAAACCGCUCCAGGGGCUUUGGUUUUAUCACUUACAAGGAACCAGAAAUGGUGGAUGCCGCUCAAGCUAAUAGACCGCAUGAAAUCGAUGGUAAAACGGUUGAAGCCAAGAGAGCUAUGCCUCGUGAAGAUUCAAAUAGUCCCGAGUCACACAUGACUGUGACGAAGCUGUUUGUAGGUGGCUUGAAAAAAGAUGUAACUCAUGAAGAACUGCGCGAAUAUUUCAGCAAAUAUGGUAACAUCACCGAGUGUGAAGUAGUUGCUUGGAAGGAGUCGGGCGAGUCACGCGGUUUCGGCUUCGUCACGUUCGAUGAUUACGACCCUGUUGAUAAAGCUAUACUGUAUAAACCACACCAUAUCGGAUCCAGUAGGGCGGACGUGAAGAAGGCGCUCAGUAAAGAGCAGAUAAACACAAUGAAAAAGAAACAAGAGUCUCGAAAUGAUUAUAAUAACAAUUACGGUGGUGGUGGUGGCGGCUAUGGACCGAUGGGUGGAGGCUAUGGCGGGUAUGACGGAGGUUACGGGGGUUCCUAUGGAGGUGGUCCUUAUGGUGGAUAUGGCUCAAACGGUGGUGGUGGCGGCGGUGCCUACGGGGGUGGGAACUACGGAGGGGGUUGGGGUCCAAAUCACAUGAAUGGAGAUGGUCCUGGCUGGGGCCAGGGAGGAAUGGGUGAUGGAUUUGGGCACUACGGAAACCAACAAAACUAUGCCGGUGGUCCGAUGCGUGGUGGUCCGCCAGGCGGUUACCAGAGGAAUGCUCCCUAUGGAGGUAAGUUUACACUGCGUCCAAACUAAUCUGUCUUCUACAUAGGGGGCUAUGGCCGUCGUUAGUUUCAGUCAGGUAAGAAUUUCUUAGUAUGAGCAUGUUUUCAACGUCUAAUUGCUUCUUCAUAUCCGUUGCAGGGUUAGUAUGGCCUCAACAGUUUGGUCUAGGCAGUUCUACUAGCAGAGGAGACAGAGUUGUCCUAGCGCCCUCAAGUUCUAGGUCAGCCAGCAGAAAGUCGACAGCCUGUCUAUAGCUGAGGAGGCCAGGGAUCCUAUUAUUCACUGUGUAUAUACUGUUAACUGUUAAUUUUCACUGCAUGUGCAAUCGAGCGUUCUUUUUAACUGUCAUGUCCGUUGUGAGUUAGCAUCCAAUCAAGAGUGACUUUCAUCCUUAAGUGUAAAGUUUCGUAUCAUAAAUGCAUAAGCCCAUGCAGCGUCAUUUUUUAACCCAGCUUUGUCACUAGUAUUAAAGGAAAUAAAAGUGUUGAAGCCAGUUAGUCUUUUGAGUUAUGAGUUUUGUAAUUGGUAGUGAUGAGGGAGAUGGAUGCUUGAUGGGCGGGAGACGAGGUUGACUUGCUAGGUCUUCCAGCCCCUUGUGUUAAGCAGGCCUGUCACUAUGUCAGGCACUUGAAAGUGAGCAGUUUUAAAAUUCGUUGUAGAACCGUAAAUUUGGGUCCAGAAAGGCAUGUAGCAAGGUCGAAACCAGGGUAUCCAUUCACUUUGUUCACAAUUUUUGAGUGGUUUUGCAGAUCUCGUGGUGCCCCUUGGAGGAUUGAUACUCGUCCGUGGCGUGGGACGCAAUGGACUCGGGAACUUGUAUGAUUGAACCAUCGUUAUGUAUGCUGUGAAACAUUGUCAAAAAUAAAUUUACGGAUUAAUUCCGCAUGUAC